GACGUGAAAUCCUUGCCAUUGCUCAUGGUGUUCGACCUGGAUGGAGUCUGCUGGUCUCCCGAGAUGUAUCAGACCAAGGGGGGUGAACCCUACAGCCUCGUGGCCCAGGGCUUGGUCAAGAACUCGAGGGAUGAGGAGAUCCGGCUCUUCCCGGCGGUCCAGGCAGUUUGGAAGAUGCUUCACAGCCCAGAGGCCCGCUCACGCGGCGUGCGCGUGGCAGUGGCCAGUAGCUCCCGCAGGCACAAGGCGGUGCCUUUGCUAAAAACGAUGGAGAUUGUGCCCGGCGUGUCUAUGUGGGACGUGAUCGAUCCCAAGCUGUUCGAGAUGUACUACCGGCGCGGCGAGGGCAAACGGCCGCACUUGGAGGCACUGCUCUCGAAGUCUGCCGUUUCUCCCAGUGACGUCCUUUUCGUUGACGAUGCUGAAGAGAAUGUUCAAUCUGUGAGGUCCUUGGGUGUGCAAGCAGUGCACUUGCCACAGGGACUGACCCAAGAAGCUUGGUCACUUGCUCUGGAGAGCUACGCACAAACGAAGCUCACGUCUGAUCAGAACCUUGACAUCUUGAAGGCACUGAUGGAGGAAACGGACAUCAGGAUAGCAGAGGUCAAACGAGAUGCUUACGAGUUCAGGCGAGACAUCGUCGUUGGUGCGGAGAACCCUCGCACUGGCAAGACCGUCGCAGAGAAGGUCCUCAAAUACAUGGAAGACAAGUUGACACAGAAGGAUAUGCAAAUCAACAAGCUUCUGAUGAAGAACCAAGCAUACAAAGUGGCGAUCAAGAAGGCUGAGCAGCAGUUGAAGUCGAAAGCGGAAACUGGUGACGACUUGCAAUACAUUGACUUUCAUCAGUUGCAAAUAGAAAACUCCCAGUUCGUCAAGCGCAUUGAGGAGGCAAAUCAGGAGCUUAUUGAGCUGAAGCGGCGUGCUGGGAGGACUGUGAAGAUCCUGAACAAUAUGAAGAAGCGGCUUAGCAGCCUCACUGCCGAGGCCAAGUUUCUGCAAGAUGAGAUCAAAGACAGGAGGUCAAUGCUGGCAAAGACGGAGAAGGACAUCUGCAAGGUGGUCGAGGAGAAAGAAGCAGCGAGAAAGGAGCAUAAGAAGCUUCGAGCGCAGUCUCGGCAGUCGCCAGAGAUGCCUCAAGUGGUAGAUUACGUCAGUCAGAAGGCAGAGGCAUACGAGCUGGAGGCGCAGAAGCGCAACUGGGAAAGGAAAGUGGAGCUGGCGGAGACGGCGGCCAAACGCAUUCGUCAAGCUGUAAAGAACGGAACACAGCUGCCUGCUGGCCGAAACUGA